CUCACUAAACUAAAGGCAAACCUUAAGUUACUUUCAUACAACCACUGUUUAUCAGCUUAUCCGCACUUACAUACGGAGCUCCGACGUUCGAUGUAAAACGUAGUUCCUUCGUUAGAAUCAGACUGUUGAUUCAACGUUGUUGGAGAGGUGGGUUUCAACUCCUUCGUUUUCUCCCUUAGGAGUGUGGUUUUAACCCACGUAAGAGGGAAAGAAAGGACAAGAGAGCGAAAGGACACGAAAAAGGCAAAAAGGCUAUCUGAAACAUGAUCUCCAUGUUGUGUCUCAUGCUGUUUGUUCCACGUGUGUUCUCCUCAUCGACACAGGUGGCUGUAAUCUUCCCCCAAGACCCAGCAUUGUGGAUGGGCUCCAGCCUAACGGCCACGUGCACAGUGAGCCCCGAGCGUGGGCUGCAUGCCAACACUAUGUACUGGACCCUUAAUGGGAAGAGACUCCCAAGUAGCACCUACGGCCUGCUGAGCACCAACGGCCUCAGUGUCACCUUGCACCGCCUCAACGGCUCCCAGCAGCAGUCUGGGGACAACCUGGUGUGUCACAGCAGAGACGGACAUGUCCUGGCUGGCUCCUGUCUGUACGUGGGCAUGCCCCCGGAAAAGCCGGUCAACCUAACCUGCUGGUCCCGAAAUACAAAGGACCUGAGCUGCAAGUGGACCCCCGGUGGUCGGGGUGAAACCUUCAUCAAAACCAAAUACACCCUCAAGUACAAAUUGAGGUGGUACGGGCGAGAGAGAGAAUGUGAGGACUACAGCACGGGGCAACGCUACACAUGUUACAUCCCCCGGGACUUGGCCCUCUUUACUCCCUACGAGAUCUGGGUGGAGGCGUCCAAUCAGCUGGGGACUGCCACCUCUGAUGUCAUCACUCUGGAUAUUCUGGAUGUGGUGACUACAGACCCUCCAGACAACGUUCAUGUGAGUCGUGUGGGGGAGCUUGAGGACCAGCUGACAGUGCGUUGGGGCAGCCCUCCGGCACUUAAAGACUUCCUCUUCCAGGCCAAAUACCAGAUACGUUACCGACUGGAAGACAGCACUGAAUGGAAGUUGGUGGAUGAUGUAGGUAACCAGACAUCGUGCCGGCUAGCAGGGCUAAGGGAAGGGACAGUAUACUUUGUCCAGGUGAGGUGUAACCCAGUGGGGAUCUACGGCUCCAGGAAGGCUGGGAUCUGGAGUGACUGGAGCCACCCUACAGCUGCCUCCACGCCCCACAGUGAGCCGCUGCAGAGUGGGUCAUGUGACCCCAAGUCGGGCGAGCAGAACUCCACCCUGCGACGGGAGCUCAAGCAGUUCUUUGGCUGGGUCCGCAAACACGCAUGCGGCUGCAGCGGCAUGUCAAUCAAACUCUACGACCAGUGGCGGGUGUGGCUGCAGAAAUCUCAUAAAACACGCAACCAUGUAGAUUCUACAAUGCGAUAAAUCCUAACACAUGCUAAACAUCAUUGAAGUAUUUUAACAGCAUUCACAACAGCAACUGAGAAACUGUCUUAGAAGGCCACUUUGAGGCCCUGUGGGUAAAAGCCAUCCAACACUCUGGAUAUUCCAGCAUUUGGUCACACACACCAACUUCUUUUUUGUAGGAAUCCAUAUGGAACAGAAAAAGAACUGAGGCGAGACGCCAGCGUUACACUACUGUCUGCAGCCCAGGAUUCAAAUAGAGUGGAAUCGCUCUUUGCUCAGAUACCAAUACCUAUCUCGAAGAACUGCUCAAUCCCCUCCUCUCCACACACACUCUCUCUUACACACACAUGUCCGGGGAGUGGCAAAGAGGAGAGCCUUUCUCUGAUCACUGAGUGGGAGCAUGGAAACGUUUCUUAAAGUAGCAUUAGUACAUGUUUGACUCAGAUGGCCAUAAAUCAUCUUACUGACUACCAUCAGAUCAGACACAUAGUGGCCAGCUUCACAGACUUUUACCAGAGAGACAAGGGCAUUACGCAAUCCUCCUGGAAUGUCAUAUACAGUACAAAGAACUUCACGAAUUCAGCUCCUGUUCAGGAAACUCAAUCACAGAACAUUUGUCAGUAUUCUAGAAGAUGAAUGUACUUUCAUAAUGUAUUUCCAUUCUAACCACUUUAAUAGCCACACAGUUGUCUAAGCUAUGUGUCAAUGCAAUUUAAUUGUAUGGGCCUUUUACUGGCAAAAACAUGGUUGGUAUGCUAGCAAAUGCUAACACACCAUUUUGCAGAUUGGCUUUGUUGCAGUAAUAGCAAUUGAACUUGAUAUAUUUUUGGAUUGAAGUCAGGUUUGUGGGUCACCAUGACCAAAGCCCAUUCUGCAGUUUGUUAUUAUUAUGGAAGUGUUCUCUUGUCCUGAGGGUUUGCACCACUCUGGAUUCCUCUUAUUGAAAUUAAGUGGCAUAAAGUUUAACUGUAUAUACUGUGACUGUGCGGAUUAAGACAUUUUUAUAUUUUUUUAUCUGCAUAUUUAAGAGAUCCUAAGUAAUAUGUCUCUCAUUAAGUUAUGUUCAAUUAUCAAUAAUAAUUCUGAAUAUGUCAUAGUUUGACCGUUUUUGUCUAUAAAACAAUAAAAGAAUGACACUUGC